AUGGUUAGAGGUCGGGGUGUUACCACUUCCCAUCACCGCACCCAGGACCCACGUGAGUGUAGAAAAUCCACAGUUAAAAAUCCAAUCACCGUGAAGAAGAAAUUUGUGUCAAGGGACAAGUCAAUUUCAACUUUUCACCAGAACAACACUGCAUCCAUUGGAUUUGUAAGUGUGAGACCCACCCCUGGCUUGAAACCCACUAGAAGUUCCACCUUAUUUUCAAACACAAGGGGUCCACCUGUCCAAGAUCCAAGUGGUGGUGGUAUAGGAGGGAACGUCAUCAUUCCCAGGAAUGGAGGACCUGGUAUCCACACUUCCCAUCAGUGUAUUGGACCCACCUGGCCAAUACACCAUGGGUGA